UGUGUGCUCUGGCAAUUUUUUUAAUUGGUACGCACCCAGCUGAGAGACACCGCCCAGUACUAGCGGGAAAAAGUCUAUUUUCUCGAGCAAACAGCCGAAUUCUAUUGGAAACAUGGGUGCCUCGUGAAGUCUGCGCGCACGCUCGCCCAAACAGCGCCGCACCUUGUACAACAUUGGUUUUUCAUGAGCGAGACAGGGCAGCUACAGAACCAGCCAACAAAGCACGAGACCGGCGCCAUCGGUGCCACCCUGUCCCCCGCGUCUUUCCCGUGUCACUUCUGCGGGCGGGCGUUUAGCCGAAAAGGCACGUACGGGCGGCAUCUUGACAGCAAAAAGGGCGAUGCCCAGCAUCCGGCGGGGCAAGUCGAGGCGUUGCGCAGCGGCGUAGUUCGCAGGGCCGCGCGCAGGGCCGGGGAGCCUGUGGCAGACGAGAAAGCCGGCCGAGCACCGAAGAAAGUCAAGAGGCAAAAAAGCCAAAUUGCAAAAGUCUACAACAGCAAGACCGCGGUCAAAGAAAAAAACCGGGCGCGGCGGCGGGCCCGCGAUCUGCGCCUCAAGGCACAGCUCCAGGCCCAUGAGUGGUAUAUUGGCAUGCUCUCAGGGCCGCAGGGCCUGGCGCAGGGCCCGGCCGGCCGCGCGGAAAACGCGUCGCUAGAAGCCGGCAAGCAAGCGCAUCGAAGCCAGGGCCUGGAAAGCGGCCCCGAACGCAGCCAGAAAAGCGGCCAGAAAAGCGACGCCGAAAUCUACGGCGCCCGGUACGCGUAUGCUGUUGCCAGCAACGUGCCGCCGUCGCAGUGGCCGCAAAAAAACGGGUAUCCUGGCGACGCGGAAUUUGGCGCCACCGUCGGGCAGCUCACGGCCCUGGCGGGGAUGGCGCCAUAUAAUCGCAGCGCGCCGGGGCCGCAGUAUUUCCAGGGCCUGGGGCCGCAGAGCGGCGGCGGGGCCGCGGCACAAGACUCGACCGGCGCCGCGGCCCUAGAGCAGGUGUUCGCGUGGCAUGCGCACUGGGCCCAACUCGGCCCCAGCACCAAGCGGGCGCUCUGGCAAGCCGAGUGCGACCGGGCGCUCCGCACGCACUUGCAUGGGGCCAGCCUCUGCCAGAUCAGCGGGGCCGCGGCCGUGGUGCGGGAAAAAACACGCCAGUUGUGCGAGCAGUAUUCGCAGGGCGCGUUUCUCGAUUCGAUUCUCACAGACUCCGGGCCCGAGACCCCAUAAUGGGGCGCGGGCGUCCACGGCUGGAAAUCGCAGAAUGCGUGUUUGCGUGUAUUUUGUUUGGGAAGAAUGGCCGGGGUAAUUUGUGGGUUUCAUUGAACGACUGUGCUGUUUGAUGGGUGUGUUCGGAGGGUACUUUUCUGUCAGGUGGCAGUGAAUGGUCAUCAAGGAGCCGGAGUGCAUUCCGCGCGUUUGCCAAAGACUGGCACAUAUCGCCGGGCUCUGGAGCUUUUUUUUUGAAGCGGGUGGGGGAUUAUAAAAUGCAAAGCUGCUGCCAAAACAAUGACAUGUUCCAGUUGUCCCGCGUCAUAUGAGUGUUGAUGCUUGGACUGUCAAACUGCAAUCCUCAUGUCCUUUGUGUUUUCUGGGUUCAAUCUUCCACUUGGCAGUCCGUGAUUUCAGUUGUCACGGGUCAUGCAUGAGCAGAAUGGCGUGUGUCUGCAGCAGACUUGAUGCGCGUGUCGUGGACAUGUCUAACAUGAAGGCC